CAAGAUGGCUUCCUUCCUACAGCGUUGCCCAGCCAUGGCCAGAGACAGGGCUACAUUCCUGAAGAAAACAAGGCCCCAGCUGUUGCUCAGUGCCCAAAGGUGCCCUGUCAUGGUGGCCCGGGGCCUGGCCACAUCCAGCCCAGGAAGCAAAGAGGCAGAGGUCCAGGCUUGUGGAUCACCUUCCCUGGCCAAGGGCCAGUGCCCCUUCAUGGAAUCUGAUCUCCAGGCUGGGAAGAGCAAGAUCAUGCUGAAGGCGGGGCCUGAGAUCCAGGAGGAUGUCAAGACAUUCAAAGCAGUUCCAAUUAGUUGUCUGGUCCAGGAGAUUCAGUCCAGCCUGAGGAAGCAAUUCUGGGGCUCCGGGGGGCAGAAGCUGGCCCUGGAGAACAAGAUCAGCCACCUCAUCCAGGACAACAUGCCUGGAAGCCACGCCUUUGGCUAUGAUGCCUUCUUCAGCCGCAAGAUUGAAGAGAAGAAGAGAGACCACAGCUACCGUGUGUUCAAGACCGUCAACCGCAGGGCCGAUGCCUACCCUAUGGCCCAGGACUUCUCGGAAGGGGGAAGCUUGACCACCAAAGAGGUGUCUAUCUGGUGCAGCAAUGACUACUUGGGCAUGAGCUGGCACCCCAGCGUGCUCCAAGCCACACAGGACACCCUGAAGCAGGUUGGAGUUGGGGCUGGUGGGACACGUAACAUCUCCGGGACGAGCCAGUUCCACGUGGCCCUGGAGCGAGAGCUGGCCGACCUGCACUCCAAGGACGCUGCCCUCCUCUUCUCCUCCUGCUUUGUGGCCAACGACUCAACGCUGUUCACCCUCGCCAGGACCCUGCCAGGAUGUGAGAUGUACUCAGACGCAGGCAAUCACGCCUCCAUGAUCCAGGGCAUCCGGAACAGUGGGGUCCCCAAGUUUGUCUUCCGCCACAAUGACCCUGAACAUCUGGAGGAACUCCUGAGCAAAGCUGACCCCCUGACCCCCAAGAUCGUUGCCUUUGAGACAGUCCACUCCAUGGAUGGUGCUAUCUGUCCCCUGGAGGAGAUGUGUGAUGUAGCCCACAAGUACGGGGCCCUGACUUUUGUGGAUGAAGUCCAUGCUGUUGGCCUGUAUGGCGCGAGGGGUGCCGGAAUCGGCGAGCGUGAUGGCGUUAUGCACAAGAUUGACAUUGUCUCUGGGACCCUAGGAAAGGCCUUUGGCUGUGUUGGGGGCUAUAUUGCCAGUACCCGUGACUUGGUGGACACGGUGCGCUCUUAUGCCGCUGGCUUCAUUUUUACCACCUCCCUGCCCCCUAUGGUGCUGGCUGGGGCUUUGGCCUCUGUGCGCAUCCUCAAGGGUGAAGAGGGCCAAGUGCUGCGACGUGCUCACCAGCGCAACGUCCGCCACAUGCGCCAACUGCUUAUGGACAAGGGUUUUCCUGUCAUUGCCUGCCCCAGUCACAUCAUUCCUAUCCGGGUUGGGGAUGCUGCCCUCAACAGCCAAAUCUGCGACCUCCUGAUCUCCAAGCACAACAUCUACGUGCAGGCCAUCAACUAUCCCACAGUGCCCAGGGGUGAGGAGCUGCUGAGGCUGGCACCCUCUCCUCACCACACACCCCAGAUGAUGGACUACUUUGUGGGGAAACUGCUCGAGACUUGGGCUGAAGUGGGCUUGCCCCUCCAGGAUGUCUCCUCUGCUGCCUGCAACUUCUGCCACCGUCCCGUGCACUUUGACCUCAUGAGCGAGUGGGAACGCUCCUACUUUGGAAACAUGGGCCCUCAGUAUGUCACUGUGUUCGCCUGAUGGCCUGGGAGGGGGAGGGGAGAGAUACGGGCUGCUCCAGCCUCCCUGCCCCUGCCAGGGUAUGUCUGGCCUUGGCAUGGGUUGAGUGAACUGGCCCCACCUCAGUCUCUCAUCAGCAUCAUGUUCAUCUCUCUAAUGCUUUAAGAUUUGUAGUGCGCUUCCCUGACACCUACUCAGGGAGGUGAAAUCGUUUGAGAAUUCAUACACGCAUUCGAUAGUUCAUAGAUAAUAAACCGCAUCCUAUAGCCAGA